AUUUUACUUAACUGCAAAGGGUCACACGGUGUGAACCCCCUCCCCGGAUGAAGAGACACAGUCAUUGGAGGAGGAGAAGAACGAAAGAGGAAGAAGGGGUUGGGAGAAAAAUAAAAAGAGGAGGCGGUGUUGGUGGUAAUUCCUAAUUUACCGAGACGCUUCAUGUGACCAACGGCGACAGAGUCGCCUCUAACCCGGGGUGGACGCGCAUCUUCCCCGCUUGCUUCAUGUAUGCACGUUCAAACGGUGGAGCCACGCAGUAUUCUUCUUUUUCUUCGUCUUGUGCGUCCCGAGCCCUCCGGUUACUUUCUCGGGUUUCACCGUCAUGGCCUGGAGGGGAAAAGGAACACGCUCGUUUUAUCACCCCAUCCAUUACAACAAUUAGGAUUGGGGUUGAAGCGAAAGGCUUGAAGGAGGAGACAAGUUUGUCGUGCAGGUGAUGACCUGGAUAGUGCCAUGAGAAUGAAGACCAUGAAGCCCACACACAAGCUGGUGUUCAUCCUGUGCCCCAUGCUGGUUCUUGUCUUUAUUUACUACUCAUCAGGGAAGCUACAUCUAAGCGUAUGGGGUCAGAAGCCACAGCUUGACGCUGAAGUGACAACUGUAGUCCACACUAACGACAAUGAAGUGAAAAGAUUUGCAGAGCUGGAAACGGAUAUCACCGUGGGAAGAAUAGUUGGCUCAGUGUACGACAAGCAGGGCUUUUUGCUGAAUUUGGAUGCGAAGUUGCCACCGGAGUUGGCGUACAAGUAUGGCAAUCUCAGUGAAGGUGUGUGCAAGCCGGGGUAUGCGGCAGCAAAGAUGACAGCAAUCUAUCCAAGGUUUGUGAAAGCGGCGCCCAUGUUUCUUGACCAAAACUUCAAGCGUCUCACUAAAGUCAGCAAUUACUUACCUCCGUUCGGCUUCAAAACCCAAGAGAGAAUUAUUGACAGCAUUUUAACUACUACCAAAAACUUUGGACUAGGAGAUGAACUGGACAGUCUCAGCUGUAAAAAAUGCAUCAUUGUGGGAAAUGGAGGUAUCCUAUCAAACAAGUCUCUGGGAUCCCGUAUAGAUGACUAUGAUGUCGUGGUCAGGUUGAAUGAAGCCCCGGUGGCUGGCUACGGGAGAGAUGUAGGGACCAAAACUACCAUGAGAAUUACCUACCCGGAGGGAGCAUUUCAGAAGCCGGAACAGUACGAAAAGGAUUCACUGUUUGUUUUUUCUGCGUUUAAACCACUGGACUUCAAGUGGUUAAGACAGAUGGUCUUCAAAGAGAAACUGCGAGGUGUCGAGGGUUUUUGGAAGUCUGUGGGCCACCAUGUCCCUCGUGAGCCCAGUGAGAUGAGAAUCCUCAACCCUUACUUCGUCCAGGAGGCAGCCCUCCAGUUCAUAGGCCUGCCCUUUAACAAUGGCAUAAUGGGAAAAGGGAACAUUCCAACUUUAGGGACAGUCGCCAUAACGAUGGCCCUGCAUAACUGCGACGAGGUAGCAGUGGCCGGCUUCGGCUAUGAUAUGAACACACCCCAUGCACCCCUCCACUAUUACGAGGCCGUCAAGAUGUCUGCUAUGAAAGAGUCGUGGACGCACAACAUAUCUAAGGAGAAGGAGUUCCUGCGCAAAUUAGUGAAGGCCAACGUCAUCACCGACCUCACCAACGGCAUCUGAGCAUCCGGCCUUUCCUUCCCUUUGGACUGCCGUGCAGGAAGAACAAAACAAGAGUCCAGGUGGCCUCCACUAUGGGGGAGAUUUUCAUGUCUAAGGAGAUUACUUUUCAAAAAUAAGUUGAAUGGUUACGUGCACACACGCGUGCCUUCUGUACCAAAGACACCGACUGAGGCACGAGGCAACGCGAGGGGAGGGACGACUGGACGCACCCACUUCCUAAAAAGCGUUUACCACUUGAAUGACUGAGAUGGUGCAGGGACGGGCCGAAUAUUAGCAGUGCCAAAUGUACCUUGAACAGGAGAGCGGUGGCGCUCCUCUCCUUUUUGCUGCCUGAAUGUAUUUACUUUCCUCAGUGUAAAUAGAAGAAGAUUUUUACUUUUUAACAAGCUGCUGUGACAGCAGCAUCCUGACCCUAUUUCGCUUCUUUCCGUUUUCCCUCAAGCAGAAGAUAUGUCGUUAUUAGAAAAAUGAGUGUCGUGGACAUAGAUUUAAAGCCCCUAAAACUUUGACAUCUUGAUUUGACAUUUAAUAUCCAGUGGUGAUGAUAAUUUAAUUUGUUUGUAGGCAAGAUCAUUUUUUAAGUAAAUAGCUAUCCUUUUUGGGGGCGCGGGAAAUUUUUCUUUUUUAAUUAUUAUUGAAUCUGAAUUUCUAAUGCGGUGUUAACCAACCUGUAUUGACAAUAGCGGCACACAACCAAACAGGAAUGGCUGUAUUUGACCAUUUAAGUCACUUUCUAAGUCUAUAAAUGCUGAAAUCAAUUAUUUUGACUUCUAGGACGACCACAUGUUUAUUUUAAAGCUCAUCUACCUAUCACAUUAGAUGGGGGGGCAUCACAUGAUCCAUCUUGGACACUUUCCCUAACCUUAUUUUCACCAUGACAUGUUUAAAAAAUAUAUACAGUAUAUCGUAACACAUUGGCUGCCAUUGACAGCGAUAGACCUCCAAUCUAUUUGAACUGGGAGGGUUGCCAGCAAAUGAACAUUUGUUACCAUCAUUUGCUGGCAACCCUCCCAGUUCAAAUGGAUUGGACAUCCACUAGUGACAAAUUAAUUAAAUUCAUGGCAGAAAGAUUAAAAGAGGCACAUGAUUGGGUGUCUAUCAUUGUCAAUGGCACUGAAAGAGUUAAGCUGAUUUUCUAGCAGCAAAGUUCACAUAAGACGAAUACAUUUUGACUGUUUCAAUGUUUUGUGAAAAAAUGCUGUUCAGCACCAAACAUAAGAUAUUACAGUAGAAAAAAUAUAUUUUUAUAAUCAUAUGCCACCAAAAAAAAGUCACUAUUUGAACAUUUAACUCAGGGGUCUCAAACUUGCAGCCUGGUGCCUAAUUGAGGCCCGCAGAACAUUAUUUUGCGGUCCCUUAUUCGACAUCAAAGUGUACUAUGGAUGCGGUCAUGCAUAUUUAAAUAAUUAAAAAAAUAAAAAUUAAAAAAAAAACCUAAAUGAAUAAUUAAAAAAAAAAGUAAAUGAUAAAAAAAUGAAACACAAUUUAAAUUAAAAUAGAAUAAUUAUUCAAAUUGUUAAUUUAAAAAAUUUUUGUUAUUUGCUCUAUGAAUUUUAUGUUAAAAAAAAAAAAAAAAAAAAAAAAAUUAAAUACAAAAAAAUCCCAAAUAAAUAAUAAAUAUAAAGUAAACAAAACAAUUAGUUUUAAUAAAAUGGUAAAUGGUGAAUGCUAAUUAUUACUAGAUAAUACUUAAAAUAUGAGUCUGGGCUGCUUUCUGUGGUCCCUUGAAAUAUUGAGUUUGAGACCCCUCAUUGGCUGCUACUGACAGCGAUAGACAUCAAUCUAUUUGAACUUGGAGGACCUCCCUGUUAAAAUGGAUUGAACUUCUAUUGCUGUUAUUGUAAAUUAAAUUACACAGGUCAUCUAGUGGAUGAGUGGUCUGAUUGUUUUGCCUUUUUUUUUUUUUUUUUUUUUUUAAAUUAAGUAAAUGUUUGGGACCAGUGAUGGUAAACCGGUUUGGCUGGGAAUCACUGCUUUGAGUGGGGAAAAAAAGUAGCAAAUUAUCAAUCUUUUUCAUCCCGUCAAUCUGUUUCAUCUUUCAUGUUAGUGUGCGCAUUUCAAUGUCUGAAUGUUGAAUCGUCUUCCAUCCUACGCAUUGCUGCAAGAUUUCACUGUGCUUCAUAAAUCGGAGACACUUUUUGAUUGUUGAAAAAAAAAAAAUGGAUAUAUAGUUUUCCUUAUUUAUUUAGUUACUGAGACCCAGCGUUUGGAUCACAGGCAGGCCUGCUUUCUUUUCUCGUGGCGUUUCGAGGAAUCCAUUUGACUUGACCCGUGUGCGCUUCCGCAAAGAUGGCAGCAGUUUGUUGGGGAAAAACAGCGUUUACAAUCCAGGAAUAUCAUUUUUAUUGUUGCUUCAAUUGUAAACUCCUUUCUAAGAGCAGUGACGCCUUGAGAUACGAGUAAGGUAAUUUAUGAAUAUUUUAACUCAUUGACUGCGAUAGAUUGCUAAGGAUGUCAAUGGCAGGCAAUGAGUUAACAUCUGUUGCAGUGCUUUCAAGCUGCAGUCUUUAUCUUCUGCAUAGAAUGACUUAAUACCCUACUGACAUCUUAAAAUGAGAGUAAAUAUUUUUCCUCAUUAGUAUACACGGAUUAUUGUAAUUUCUUCUCAUUUUGCUAAGAAACUAUUCUAAGGUUAGAGCAUGAUUGCGGAAUUGAUUCCACACGUAUCUCAAGACGCCACAAUAUUUUCACUGUUGUACAUGUUCUAUAUCAAUAAAACACAUCUCAAGGCAGGAAUGUCCAAAUAUCCGCAAAUGACUUCAUCGGAUUUGUUAUCGGUUACACAGCUGCCGAAAUUUCUUGAUGUUGCUCUGACUGUCGGUGGCUUUUUACUUGUUCUCUGUAUCUGCAAGUGCAUACUUACUGUAAAGGCACCUGCGCUUCCGUCGCAUCAGACGGAACUUGGAGAGAAGUCUUUGCAGGCGCUCACACUGCCUUACAUUUCCUGGAAACCGUAACGAGGUGAAGCGCCGCUGAUCCCCAUGAGCCGUCAGCUGCACGUCAUUUGGGAGAUUUGGGUCCCGUCCACUUCAUAUUUGCUGUGUGUGCGUAUGUAGAUAAGAUUUAGAGACAUUUGAAGACACUGGUUGUCUUUUUUUUCUGUAGCCUUUAUCCAUAGGCUACAAAUCUGCCACUUUGCACUUGUUACUGCUGUAAAAUGUAAUGCGUACUACUCACAAAAAUGGCCACUGCAAUACCUUUCUGUAAUGCCUCCAGUCUUGCACUCGCAGAACAUCAUGUCUGAAGCCUUUGGAACAGGAAGGCAUUGAAGAGGAUGUCCUUUGGAAAUGGCGAAAUUUUUCAAAUUUAGUCCUGGAACAUUGAAAAAAAAAUAGGAGAAAAGGGCGUUGUUCAUUUUGGACCAGUUACGAAGUUUCGUGUGAAAGCAAAAAUAGAAAUUUUUCGUUGCAUUUCCUCUUCAUGAGCGCUAAUGCUAAUUUGUCAGUCAAUCUAAUAUGGUUAACAUAGUUUUAUAUUGUAUGAGUGCUCUAUAAUGAGUUAAUACUUACAACAUGCAAUUUGAUUACAUUUUCCUUUAGUGUUUUACAAGACAGAAGUUGAAAUGAUAAUUGAGAUUAGCCGAAUAAAUUGUUUAGCUAAUUAAUCGCUCGGCUAAAUAUGCAUUUUAUUUUUAAGGAGAAAUAUUUAACAUUUUUCACAACUUCAAGUUUCUACGAAUAUUUUUGCUAAAAUUCUAAGAAUUAUAGCAGGCUUAUGACCUUUUUUUUUGUCUUGCUAAAAUGACUUUAGUUCAACCUAUUUAUUUCCAAUUUUGACAUAUUUCACCUUGUCAAUUUUGAUUUCUCUAAUGUUUUUCCUUGUCUUUGGAUGGCUGUCCUUGAAAGCACCAACAUGAAGAAAAGAGAUUUGAGGCAAAGCGUUGCGAUCUUUUUGUUUUUCUUUGUUUUUUUUCUUCUCCACGUGCAGUUCUCGUUCAGGUGAACCGGACCCAAAUCUCCUUGAUGAAGUCGAAUGUAUUCAAUCAAAUCAUGUUGAUUAUUUUAACAUUUCUGCAUCAUCAAUGGCAAGUGAUCAAAAUGUUGUUACUGUCCGUUCAAAUCCAAGUGUAAAUUGCUUUGCGACUCAAUAAAAAAGUUUGUAAUGGAAUGAGUUUCUCUUAUUUGCUUUCCAUUCGGAUGACGUUUCAAAACAGUUUGAACUGGGACGGCCGGCAGUGGGUGGGGAAAAACACUUUUGUGCCUGCCCACAUCCUUGUGUCCAGUUAGGUAGGUCUGGUUUCAUGUUUGUGGCCUUGAGGGACCCAUUUGAGACCUGUUCCACACACUACAUGCACACUAUAAACGCACAACUUGUCAGCUGCAGCCGUGAAAGUCUAGCUGUCGGUCACAUACUUGCACAUGUCGAAGUCUUAAACAAACCAGAAGAGUGUCAAGUGGUUUGUCCAGCUGUGAGUUGGCUGCAUCGCUGGGAGGUGAGGGAGGACGAGACGCUCGGGGUCUUAUUAAAGUAGGGCUGGACCAAUAGUGGCUGUAUUUAACUCGAAUAAUACUUUUGUGCAGAAAAAAAAUGAAGGAUUCCUGAUGUGGCAUAAAUACUCGCACGCUUUAACCCAGGGGUUCCCAACCUAUUCCACUAAGGCACACUGUGGGUGCAGGAUUUCAUUCUUACCAAACAAGAUGACAACACUUUUUCCCCAAUCUGGUGUUUUACAAGUGCAAUCAGUUGAUUGCAGUCAGGUGUGGCUUGUUUUAGCAGAAGCCUCAUUGGUUCAACUGUCUCUGCUGGAUCGGCUGGAACAAAAACCAGGACCCACAGUGUGCCUUGAGGACUGGGUUGAAAACCCCUGCUUAACCAAUGAGUUGAACACAUGGCGGUACAAUAUGUGUAGACAAACAUUUUUAGCAUACGUUUCAAGAUUUGCAACAAGUUUUAUGAAGAUGACAAUAUUUUGAAUAUCUACAGUAUUAUUUUUCUCCUAUUACUUUAACCCUUCAUAGAGUACUAAUUUAACUCAUUGGCUGCCACUGACGAUGCUAGACGUCCAAUUCAUUUUGACUGGGAGACGUUGUCAAUGGCAUUGAAAGAUGAGCAUUCACAGCCACUCUUCCCACUUUAAAUGAAUUGGAUUUGCAGGUUAUUUGUCCGAAAACAGAGUUCCCCUCCACCAGAGGUGGGUAGAAAUGUGUUCCAUUUACUCUGUUACAUUUACUUGAGUAACUUUUUGAGAAAAAUUCUGAGUGGUUUUACGAAGCCAUAAUUUUUACAUAAGUAGAUUUGGAAAGAAGAAACGCUAGUCUUACUCCGCUACUUCGGGCUACACUAAUCGUUACAUUUUUUUCCUCUUUAUUGGACAUAUUUUACUUUUUGUUUUGUUUUUUUCCUCCAGUGAUGCCAACAGUAGCUCUACCAGUUUCACCAAUGAGACGUCGCAACAAUAAUCACAUGACUCCAUUAUACCAAUCAGACUCAAGCUUGCCGUUCUACGAUUACGCCAAACUGUUCAAUCACAUGGCGUCUUUAAAGCAUCGUAAAAAAUUCUGUAUUUGAUAUGGAGCGCCUCCCCCAACAUGACUCGAAAGCGCGGAUUUUAUCCUCUCUCCCAGUUUUUAUUUGGCACUUUGGAAAACCGGAGAUAUGAUCCUUUUAAUUUCAUAAUAGGAACUAUGAAGGAACAAUUCACCAUUCAACUAUUCAAACUAGGAGUUAUUUUCUGCACUACAGGGCACUCAUGGUCUUUGGACGAAUUGUGUUUAAUUUCUGCAGAUUUUCUCUCUCUUGCCGGAAACCAAUAUUAUAAAUUUUUGUUUUUUUGUAUUAGGCUUAAUGUUAUCUAAGUUACGUCAUAGGUUAUUGUGCAGUAUAAUAAUAACAGUUCAUAUAGAUAACUUUGUGCUGAGGGAAAAAAAAGUACCAUUGUAUUAAAAAUCAAACAUUGUAAGCAGUUACUCACAAUGUUACUCAUUACUUUAGUAUUCUUUUUACCAAAUACUUUUUUUACUGGAGUACAUUUUUUGGAUGACUACUUUUACUCUUACUUGAGUAAUAUUAUGUAGAGGUAACACUAUGCUUACUUGAUUUAAAAAAUUUUGGCUACUCCACCCACCUCUGCCCACUACACAUUACUAAGCAUUCUUUUUACGUGACCACACUUAUCUUAUAUCUCACUUUAUCUGACCUAUCUUCCCUCUUUAUCCUUCACCAAUAACAGGUGGAUCUCCUCCCCGUAUGGUGGCCCCACAGUGAGAGUAGUCAUAUCUAGACAGCAAUGCUACUUACAUUAGGUAGCAUAUUAAUAUAAAAUAAAAAAUGAAUUAAAUGUUGUUGUUAAUGGCAGGCAAUGAGUUAAAUAACAUUAAAAAUAUUUUUAUUGUUUUAUUGAUAACACUGGUCUACGAGCAUGACUUUAUGAAAUUUGGGUCACUAAAAAAGAAAAAUGAGGUCAAAAGUGUCAAUUGGCUAUAGUUUUUCAGUUACAAAAUGUUAAAUUCCAAGCAGUUUAGGUGAAAUAUGCUGUUUUCAGUAUUGCUUAAAUCCUGGUGUUUUGGAAGUGGACAAAAUGCAUCAAUGUAGACACAUUUCCAUAUCAUGUCAAAUGUAACAAUUUGUAAAACUGAUAUAUUUAUACCAAUGAAUCUUUUUAAUAACUAAAUAUAAACUAUAUAAAACUAAACGUUUUGGAAGAAUGUUCUCUGGUCAAAUGAGACGAAAGUAGAGGUUUCGUCUCAGAGGGAAAAAGCAUCAACAUAGUGUUUACAGGGGAAAAAAAGACUCCUUCAAAGAAAAGAACAAGGUCCACAAUGUCAAACAUGGCGGAGGUUCCCUGAUGUUUUGGGGUUGCUUUACUGCCUCUGGUACUGGACUGCUUGACAGUGUGCAUGGCAUUAUGAAGUCUGAAGACUACAAAUUUUACAGCAUAAUGCUGCAGCAUAAUGCUGGAAGACCCAUGAACUCUCAGAGCUCAUGGGUCUUCCAGCAGGACAAUGACCCAAGACUCACUUCAAAAAGCGCUAGAAAACGGUUUGAGAGAAAGCACUGGAGGCUUCGAAAGUGGCCAGCAACGAGUCCUGAAUCCCAUAGAACACCUGUGGAGAGAUCUGAAAAUGGCAGUUUGGAGAAGACACCCUUCAAAUCUGAGAGACCUGGAGCAGUUGACCAAAGAAGAAUGGUCUAAAAUUCCAGCAGAGGAUUGUAGGAAACUCAUUGAUGGAUACCGGGAGCGGUUGUUUGCAGUUAUUUUAUCUAAAGGUUGUGCUACCAAAUAUUAGGCUGAGGGUGCAAAUACAGCCCAUUUUUGGAGUUUUGUGUAGAAUGAUAAUGAUUUUUUUUUCAUUCUUUUGUGCGUUUUUCAUUGCAAGCAAAAUAAAUGAAGAUAUUACUACCAAAGCAUUUGUAAUUGCAUUUUCAUUUUCAGGGAGAAAUUGACCAUUAUCUGACAGAGUUGCAGUGGUGCCAAUACUUUUGGCCAGCAGUGUACGUACAGUGUACGUACGUAUCUUUUACAGUAUUGUAUAGUAUUUUUGCCUGUCGUAGCCUUACAUUUCUUUUGUCACAACAGGCAAUAUUUUCUCAUUUAGUCGUGUCUUAACCUGAAAAUUAUGUUUUCUAGAGACGUUCGUAAGUAGAGGUACCACUGUAUACCUUUUACAUGAACUCAUUGGCUGCCAUUGACCACGAUAGACGUCCAAUUAAUUAGAAGUAAGCUUUGACGGUAUAUCGUUUAAACAUCACCAUCGCGAUGUGCGCAUGCGCAAUAGUCCCAUCGCAAGGACGUGCGAUAGUUUAAAAAAAAAUUAUUAUUUUUUUUCAAUCCAAAAACCUUUGUUCUGCUUCAUUCGCUCGCACAGCCUCCCUCACCCCCUCUUCCACUCUGUCACUGCGGCACUUGCUUAGUAAAGUUAACAAUGUCUUUGAUCUGGUCAAAGAAGCCGACGUCACACGGGCAGCAAUCUGUCAAUCAUCGUUUAACUUGUUAAACAGUUUCUGCAAGGAAGCGCGGGCUGGAAUGAAUGUGUGUGUCUGUGGGGGGUGGGUGGGGUGGAGACGUUCAAGACAUCGAGACAUAUAAAAUAAACGCCAGAAGUGAUUAUGAGGAGUUUGUAAUUUCUACAUGUCACUCCAAGAGUCACAGCCAUGUUAGGUAAACAAAAGCAUUUAAUAAAGCCAAGCAUUUUUCGACUACAGUACUUUAUUCUUGUUUACAAGUGAUUCGGUGGGACGGUUAUGUUUAAAACUGAUCAUAAUUAUUACAUAUGAAGUGCUUUAAAAUUCUUUAUUAAAAUAUAGAUAUAUAUUCAUUUUUUAAACUAAUACUUUUGGGGGAAAAAAAGUGAGAAAAAAACAUGUCUUAUAUGUAUCUCUUUCCAGUGCUAGAUCUGAAUAAAUACAUUGAGCGCGCACACACACAGACACACACAAAAAUGGGGGAGUAUGCGCUACUUCGCGGUUUUUCCACUUACCGCGGCGGGUACUGGUCCCUAUUAACCGCGAAAAACGAUGGAAUACUGCACACUGUGGUCAUGAUGAGUGAUCCAAAGUCUUUCCAAAUGGCUAUUCAAGUCAUCUAGUAAAAAUUUCUUUAAAAAAAAUAUAUAUAUUUAAUAUCGCAAUAUAAUAUCGCAAUAUAUCGCAAACCCCCCAAAAAUCGCAGCAAUAGUUUUUUUCCAAUAUCGUUCAGGCCUAA